AAGAGCGAGGAGAUGUCGAUUCUCACGUGAUGUAAUUCCAUUUAGUAAACAGGCGAAAAAAUGAAAUCCGUCUUUCAGAACCGACGCGAUGAGUGUUCCGUCAAUGAGUACGCUCGGAACUGUGACAGUGAAUCAAGCUUAUCUGAAUUCGAACCGGAGUACAGAAUUGGACUUUUUAUCUUUCCGAAGAACAAUGCGCGGCGCCAAUACAUUAACAGAAUGCUCUGAGUGAACAUGCCGGCCUUCAGCGUGGCGGGGGGCGUAUCUGACGACGAUAGCAGCCUUGGAUCCCACCUUUCUUGGGAGGAGUCUGCUUUCGCUGAGUUGGACGCCUAUCUUCACGAAAACCCGCCCGGUUGGACGCCCCGGUGCGAGUGCGGGGACCUCAGCCUCUGCUCGUUCUGCCUCUGGGGAGACGGCCUGUGCUCUUUGCCGCCCGCAGACGAUGUUAACAGGACGGAUUCGUUGGCUACCGUGGAGCCCGUUCCAGACUUCAGCAAUUUAAUCUUCGACCGCAUCUUUUCCGACAGGGACGACCUGGUUGUCCUUGGAGUUGAUCUUCAGGCACUUUCGUCCACAGUCCUUGGUGCCGAAGAUGCCUCCCUGGCGACUACAGCAAAGAACAACUGUUUGCCGGUGCCGCCCCAGCCCGUGCCUCAUCCACAAAACUUUGGCAAAACUUUCUGUACCAACGGCGGCAAUGGUAACCAGGACUGCUUGAGGCUGCUGAGCAACCUGCCUCAGCAGCCCCCUCGGACACCUUCCCUGCAAGAGUGGUACACGGUGCUAGCGCAACCGCCACCGCCUAAAGUGGGGGCGCCGAGACAACGCCGUGGUGGUGGACGCAGGGCUGCGGCGGUGCAAGAGGAGGACAAGAUCUUUCCUUGCCCAUAUGCGGGCUGUGCUCGCGUCUACAGCAAGAACUCGCACCUGCGCGCACACUUGCGCAGACACACAGGCGAGAAGCCUUUUGUGUGCCAGUGGCCUGACUGCAAGUGGCGUUUCUCGCGCUCAGACGAACUGGCACGCCACAAACGAUCCCACUCAGGUGUCAAACCAUACCAGUGCUCCGUGUGCGCGAAGCGGUUCGGCCGCUCUGACCAUCUCGCCAAACACGUACGCAUCCACAGGAAGCAGGGCUACGUAGUUCCACCUCCCCGUAGCCCCAGGGGCGCAGCCGCCCUCAAAGUGCAGAUUUUAGCCCCGAGGGCGUGACUUAUUUCUUCUUCCUUUUCCCAUUCGAUUGCCAAAGAAGUAAUAAAUUAUUUUUAUUUGAAUCA